AUAUGUGUUUUUUCUCUCAGUACUGUGGUUUAACUCGACACAGUAGCGCAGCACAUUACAGUGGUGUUGUGUGAAGACUUUAGGAGUCAGCCUGGCUCACAGUCUUCUUUUUAUGAGGAGUUUGGAUUAGCUAGCCACAGUGUUCACCAUGGGACAUACCAGCCUGGAGAAGAUCAUUGCUCUGCAGAGGAACCCCGCCAACAUCAGGAACCUCUGCAUCCUGGCACAUGUUGACCAUGGAAAAACGACCCUGGCUGACUGCUUAGUGGCCAGUAAUGGUAUCAUAUCCACUCGACUAGCUGGGAAGCUGAGGUACCUGGACAGCAGGGAGGAUGAACAGAUCAGAGGCAUCACCAUGAAGUCCAGUGCCAUCUCUCUGCAAUACAGGAAUGGAGAUCAGGAGUACUUACUAAAUCUGAUCGACUCUCCUGGUCACGUCGACUUCUCCUCAGAAGUUUCCACUGCUGUCAGGCUGUGUGACGGGGCCAUUGUAGUUGUUGAUGCUGUGGAGGGAGUGUGUCCACAGACCCAAGUUGUGCUGCGUCAAGCAUGGCUGGAGAACAUCAAGCCAGUUCUGGUCAUCAAUAAGAUAGACCGACUUAUCAUGGAGCUCAAGCUCACGUCUCAGGAAGCUUACUCCCACCUGCAGAAGAUCCUGGAACAGGUGAAUGCAGUGACAGGGUCUUUGUUCACAUCCAAAGUGCUGGAGGAGCGGGCGGAGAAAGAGAAGGAGGAGGAGAAAGAAAGCGAGACGUUUAGUGGAGAUCAGGUUUAUGACUGGAGCGCUGGGCUGGAGGAGGCUGAUGACUCCCAACUCUACUUUUCUCCUGACCAAGGAAAUGUGGUCUUUGCUAGCGCCAUAGAUGGAUGGGGCUUCAGCGUCCAGCAGUUUGCCCACAUCUACAGCCAGAGAAUGGGUAUCAGGUCAGAGGUGCUGCUCAAAACCCUGUGGGGAGAUUUCUACCUCAAUGCAAAAGCAAAGAAGAUCAUGAAAGGUGCUCAGGCCAAAGGAAAGAAGCCACUGUUUGUGCAGCUGGUGCUGGAUAACAUUUGGAGUUUAUAUGAUGCUGUUGUCACUAGGAGAGACAAGGAGAAAGUGGAGAAGGUGGUGACAUCUCUCGGGCUAAAGGUGAUGGCCAGGGACUCUCGUCACUCCGACCCCAAGGUCCUCCUCUCUGCCAUCUGCAGCCAGUGGUUACCUGUGUCCCAGGCUGUCCUCUUGAUGGUGUGUGAAAAACUUCCCAGUCCGUUAGACAUUUCAGCAGAGAGGGUGGAGAGACUGAUGAGCGUUGGAGCGCGACGAUUCGACUCAUUGCCGGAACAGACGCAGGAGCUGAAAAGAGCAUUCCUCCAGUGUUCCAGUGGAGACAAUGAUCCGCUCAUCAUUUUUGUGUCAAAGAUGUUUGCCGCAGAUACCAAGGCGUUGCCUCAGAACAGACAGAGGCCAUUGACCCAGGAAGAGAUUGCCCAGCGCAGGGAGCUGGCCAGACAGAGACAUGCUGACAGGAUGGCAGCUGAACAGACGGCAGCAGAGAGCCAAAAAGACCUCAGUCACUCAGGGAGUUCACCACAGGAAAGCCAACCUACAGGACUUGGAACAGCUAAGAUGGAGAGUCUGACACUAAAAGACUCAAAGCCAGAGGAGGAAGAGGAGCAACAGACAUUCAUAGCGUUUGCACGGAUCUACAGUGGGGUGGUGAAGAAAGGACAGAAAGUAUUUGUACUGGGACCAAAGUAUGACCCCGCCCAGAGCCUAAGCAAGCUCCCAGAGGGCUGCAGUGCUUCAGACUGUGUGCCUGAGGUGCCUCAUAUGUCCUGUUGUUCCAUGGAAAGCCUCUACCUGCUGAUGGGCAGAGAGCUGGAGGAGCUGGAGGAGGUGCCAGUAGGAAAUGUCCUAGGUAUCGGAGGUCUGGAGGAGUGUGUCUUGAAGUCAGCCACCCUGUCCACCUCCCCAGCCUGCCCACCUUUCAUCCCACUCAACUUUGAGGCCACGCCCAUUGUACGGGUUGCCAUAGAACCCAAACAUCCAGGUGAGAUGCCAAAGCUGGUUCGUGGAAUGCGUUUGUUGAACCAGGCAGAUCCCUGUGCUGAGGUUCUGAUCCAGGAAACAGGAGAACAUGUUCUGGUGACUGCUGGUGAAGUUCAUCUACAACGCUGCCUGGACGACCUCAAAGACCGGUUUGCUAAAAUUGAAAUCAGCGCCUCCAAGCCCAUCAUUCCAUUCAGAGAAACAGUGGUACGCCCUCCAAAAGUGGACAUGGUGAACGAAGACCUCGGCAGGCAGCAUAAAGUAGCCAUCAUUCACCAGGUGAAAGAAGAGGCCUCUCAGAGUCGUUCAUCUGACACUCUACAUGUGGAUCCCAGUGGACUGGUCACCCUCACCACUCCCAACAGACUAGCCACUGUCAGCGUCCGGGCAGUCCCCCUGCCACAGGAUGUGACCAGUCUGUUGGAGAGUAGCACAGAGCUGAUUCGUACUCUGGAGCAGGUGAACAUGUCCCUGAGGGAGGGGAAGAGCCUUGAUGUCAGCCUCAGGACCCUGGAGGCCAUCACUGGACUGAAGGCCCAGCUGGAGAGCCUGCUGCAGGGGAGGAAGUGGAGGAAUGCUGUGGAGCGGAUCUGGGCCUUUGGGCCUCGCAGAUACGGUCCCAACAUUCUGCUGAACGGUGUGGAAGGCUACCAGCGGCCCUCGGUGUGGCAGUUUUUGGGCAGGGGAGACAAAGCUGGCGAGGCUGGAGCUCAGGCAGCUGUUAUGCGAGACUUGGAUAAUAGCAUCAUCAGUGGUUUCCAGCUAGCAACUCUAUCAGGGCCUAUGUGUGAGGAACCCCUGAUGGGAGUUUGCUUCUGUGUGGAGAGGUGGGACAUCCAGUCUUCAGCCAUACCACAACAUCAGGACUCCCUGGAAGAGGACACCAUGUCCCAUGAGGCUUUGGCACACAGCAAAAUGGAAGGAAGCAGUGAGACAUCUGCCCAGGUAGAAAGUCCAACUGCAGGGCCUAGCCAGGCCAGACGCAGGCCAGAGGCUUCCUCUGCAGACUGCUACGGGCCAGUGUCUGGACAGCUGAUCGCUGCCAUGAAGGAGGCCUGCCGCCACGCCUUCCAGGCCCAACCUCAGAGACUCAUGGCUGCCAUGUAUACCUGUGAGAUAAUGGCCACAGCUGAGGUGUUAGGCCGAGUAUAUGGAGUACUGGGGAAGCGAGAGGGUCGUGUUCUUCAAGAAGAGAUGAAGGAAGGGACAGACAUGUUCAUCAUCAAGGCCGUUCUGCCUGUGGCUGAGAGCUUCGGUUUCGCCGACGAGAUCCGCAAGAGGACCAGCGGAUUGGCCAGUCCACAGCUGUUCUUUAGCCACUGGGAGGUGAUCAGCAGUGACCCGUACUGGGUUCCCACCACAGAGGAAGAAUACCUACACUUCGGGGAGAAAGCCGACUCUGCAAACCAGGCCCUCAAAUACAUGAAUGAUGUCCGCCGCCGCAAAGGCCUCUACGUGGAGGAGAAGAUAGUAGAGCAUGCAGAGAAGCAAAGAACACUCAGCAAGAACAAGUAGAGAAGAGAAGAGUGAAGAACUCCCAGCAGCAGCUCCUGCAGGGAGCCGUAAUCUACACCAUGGACUGGCUCUUCCACCAAUCAAACUGCACUUAUAAACUACAAACUCAAGUUACAGUCUUGCUUUACAUUCUGCAGUCAAUAAUCACUGCUUACAUAUUUUCUUGUGCAACAGAAUAUAUUUUACAAAACAAGUAAUUGUAAGUCUUGAUUAAUUGAUGUGAAUGAUACAUCCAUAAUGACACAAAUAUUUAUCAUAAAGUCUGUUUUUUUUUUUUAGGAAAUCUGAUCAGAAACAGCAUGGGCAAUAAAUACUGAAUAAAUGUGUUGGAAUUUGCAUCUGGACAUUAUUAAUC